AUGUCAAUGAAUCAACAAGAUCUAGAUCCAGGUAGUGUUACAGAUGUGAGUGAUGCUACAGAUGCUGAAAAAGGACUUAUUGAAGAAUGUGAAGAAAUAUGGAAAGAAAUGGAAGAAUAUCAGAAUAAAUUUUCGCUUGUUGGAACCGAUACACUUACUGAUUCAAAUGCUCAGCUAUCAUUAUUAAUUAUGCAGACAAAAUGUUUGACCGCUGAACUCAGUCAUUGGCAGAAAGAAACUCCCAAAAUUAUUCCACUGAGUGAAGAUACCCUACUCUCAUUAGGAAAAGAAGAGUUCCAAAAGUUGAGACGUGAUUUGGAAAUGGUACUGUCUACUGUUCAGUCAAAAAAUGAAAAGCUAAAGGAAGACCUGAAAAGGGAACAACAGUGGUUGGAUGAACAAAAACAGAUACUGCAAUCUCUCAAUAAUGUACACAGUGAACUGAUAAACCAGGCCGUACCUAUUUCUGAAUCAAGAAUCUUUAAUGAGCUGAAAACUAAAAUGCUUACUAUAAAAGAAUAUAAAGAGAAGCUCUUGGUUUCCUUGGGUGAGUUUUUGGAAGAUCAUUUUCCUCUACCUGAUGGAAAAAAUAAAAAGAGAAAGGGAAACAUUCAAGAGCCAACCACACAGUUGAUAACACUGCAUGAAAUAUUAGAGAUUCUUAUAAAUAGAUUAUUUGAUGUGCCACAUGAUCCAUAUGUCAAAAUUAGUGAUUCGUUUUGGCCACCUUAUAUUGAGCUGCUGCUUCGUAAUGGAAUUGCCUUAAGACAUCCAGAAGAUCCAAACCAAAUAAGACUAGAAGCCUUCCAUCAGUAA